AUGGACCUGGAGAAGUUCUACCGAGAAGAUCAUGCCUUCUACAAGGUCAUAGUUGGCGAUUUCAACGCCAAAAUUGGCCCAAGAAGAACGCCGGAAGAACUUCUCAUGGGGCUCACGGCCUACAAUGGAAUGAGGCUCUCCGAGGAGAGAUAUCCCAGGACUAUCAUCAACUGGGACCUCUUCGCCACGCUAGCCGGCUUUUGGGAAGAUCCCGCAAUGGACAAUAUCGACGAGGAACAUGACCGGUUCGUUGAACACCUUCACGACUGCGCGAAGAAGGCUGAGAGUUUUAAAACCACCAAGAGACGCCUGUCUCUUGAAACUCUUGAGCUGAUACGCCAGCGUGGAACAGCACAAGCUGCAGGGAACCAAGAACUCACGUCCGAACUCGCGAGGCUUUGCAGAGAGGUGAUAAAGGAAGACCUUAAAGAGCAGAAGUGCUGA